AUGUCAAGCCGCCUGCUACCACUAUCCCGGCGGUUACUUUGGUCGUCGUCGCCUCCUCCGCUGGCUCUUGCGGCUGCAGCUCCUUGCUCCGUUGCUCCACCAUCUUCUCCAUCAUGGCACGAAACUCAGCCAGUUCCGCUCCAAUACGUUGGGUGGAAUCCUCGAUGUGGGCUCCAACCGUCUACAGCUGUUCGCGAGCCUCCAUCUGGUUGUCCGUGA